AGCGAUGCUAACUAAUGAAUAACACUCCGCUAUUAUAAUUAGUCGCUUUUUAAACUUCUAUUAGUCAACAUACGCUGAAAGCAACCGCUGUUGAAUUUGCUUAACACUUAUCAGUUCAGAGUUUUAAAAUAUUUAUUAUUUACAAUGGCAGAAUCAUUGGUCACUGAGGAACUUCUGUACGAGGAAAAGCCGCUUUAUGUGCCACCAUUACAGGAAUUAAAAGAAAUUAUACAAAGUGCUUUAACCAAAAACUUUGAGAAUGUCACCGUUGAAGUUGGUGACUGUCCCGAUUUGACCGAUCCAUUUUAUGGUUUACUGAGCUCAGGCUUAGGUGGCUCCCCCGUGCUACUCGAAGUGGGCGGUCCACCAUUCUUGCUGCCACUUGUGCAGCGCUCCAAAGUGUACAAUGUAAAGGAAAUCGUGCAGAAGGCCCUUCCCGGCAAGGGUAAACUAUUGGCCAUCGGCGCCGGUGCUGGACCCUUCCCUUUGCGUAAUACCAAUUGCGAAGGCAUCUUCAAUAUGGCCAUCGAUGAGCAGGGUACCCUCAAAAACGGCAGCUACACAGCUAAAGUGCACGGUGCCGAAGAGGUGUGUGUGUUGGAACGCAUUCCCGACUCAGACCCACGUUGUGCUUUGCUAUUGAAUUUAUACAUUAGUCGUGGCGCCCCCGGUCCGGUGGUGAAGGUCAAGUGCAGUAAACGUACGGGUGAGCAGAAUUUCGUCGAAUGCGUGCGCAAGGGUUUGGAAAGCCACUACAAGGAUCAGUGUGUUGGUAUGGGUGGUAUUUUCGUGUUGAAGAAGGGCGCAGCGCAUCAGCACGUUAUGCGUGACUUCAGCAAGACGCCACUACAAUCCGAAGAGGAGUUGAACGAAUGGUUGAAGUUCUACAAUAUGCCAGCGCAGCUGAAUGCUGUGGGCACACUGCUUACAAACGAACAUGGUUUAGAUUUGCGUCUCCAGCACUUCCACUCCUUCUCCAAGUCCAACUGGGGCGGUCAUUACCAUCAUGACACCACCCCGGAUGAGGCUGAAUACGAGGCUUAUCUGAAUGUGGCUGAACGUGUGGUGCGUGUGGAUCGCCCUUUGGAAUCUCAUCAAAUAGGACGUGAUUAGGGGCUGAGGGGCUGUAGAUACUUACAUACAUAUGUAGCAUAAGAAAUCUCUCGUGAUUUGAAAUCUGUGAGAACAUGAAAAGAGAAGAAAAUCAAACAGUUUAUUUUGUAACUGUUUUGAACCAUCCAUUUGUUAAGCAUUUGUAUAUAAAAUAUAAUUUUGUUGUAUAAUAUAAAAUAUUAUUUUAUAAU